AUGUGUCCAGCAACCGAAAAGCUCGAACUAACUACGACCCAGUCUGAUAUCUUAGCGUUGCAAGAGAAAGGAUUUUUAUUAGAAAAAAUAAUCGGAAAAGGCUCCUAUGCUAAAGUGUUUAAAGCUACACACAUGGUUGACGAAACUCGCCAUCGCAUUAUGGCCUGUAAGGUAAUAGAUACAGCGCAAGCCCCUCGCGAGUAUUUCACAAAAUUCUUACCACGCGAGCUUGACAUCCUAAUUCGUGUCAAUCAUCCUCACAUUGUGCACGUAUCAAAUAUAUUCCAACGUCGUGCUAAAUAUUUCAUUUUCCUCCGUUUCGCUGAAAACGGUGAUUUACUAGAUUUUUUAUCACAAAAUGGAGCUGUACCAGAGAACCAAAGUAGGCUGUGGAUGCGACAAAUUUUAUCCGGUAUACAUUACAUACACACUUUGAAUAUAGCUCAUAGAGAUUUGAAAUGCGAAAAUAUAUUGAUUACAUCAAAUUAUAACGUAAAGAUAACAGAUUUUGGAUUUGCACGUAACGUUCGUCAGAGAGACAGAGAUUUAUUAAGUGAAACGUAUUGCGGGUCGCUUUCGUACGCUGCUCCUGAAGUAUUGAAAGGCGUGCCGUAUUUACCAAAACUGGCAGACAUGUGGUCUAUCGGUAUCAUUUUAUACACAAUGCUCAAUAAAGCUUUACCUUUUAAUGAAACGUCAGUUAAGAAAUUGUACGAGAAACAGGUAAUGCGUAAAUGGCGUUUCCGCACGAGCGUGGUGAACCAACUGUCCACAGAGUGCAAGCAGCAGGUGACGCAGCUGAUGGAGCCCGAGGCGAAGGCGCGCCCAACCGCUGGACACAUAUUCAACGGACCCUGGAUAGCUAUGGAUGAACGACUUACAAAACUAACAUUUUUAGAAGAAUCUCUUUUAAAACAAGCUCAAGAAGAAUCCAUGAGAAAAGAAAGAGAACACUUUGACGAGGAAACUGAAGUGGAACGACUCGCGGAGUUACGGCGUAAAGGGAGAGGGAAAGAGGGUCUAAAAAUACUAAAAAAUGCGGAUUCAAAUUUUGCUAAAUCGCAACCGUUGUUGGACGAUAAGGAA